AUGGACAACUUGAGAGGAAUCAAUACAUCCAGAGGAAACUGCAUUCUCGUGACUACUCGUAUUAAACAAGUGACAUCCACAGUAGCAGUAGAUCUUCAUAUGUUGGGAAGAUUGGCAAGAGACCAUUGUUGGUCCAUUUUCAAACAAAGAACAUUUGUUGAUGGGGAAGUUCCAGAGGAAGUAGUGAGCAUGGAGAACGGGAUUGUUGAAAUGUGUCAAGGUCUACCACUGGCUGCAAGUGUAUUGGGAGGCCUCUUACGCAACAAGGAAAAACAUGAAUGGCAUGCGAUUCUUGACGACAACCCCCUUGUUGCAGGUGAAUAUGAUAACGGGGAAAAUAGCUUAAAGAAAAUCCUAAAACUCAGCUAUGAUUAUCUACCAUCUCCAUAUCUGAAAAAGUGUUUUGCUUACUUUGCCAUUUUUCCAAAAGAUUUUGAGUUUGAAAAAGAUCAACUAAUCCAAUUCUGGAUGGCAGAAGGUUUUCUCCGUCCAUGUCAAGAGGCCCCUGUGAUGGAAGACGUUGGGAACAAGUUUUUUCAACUUUUAUUGCAAAAUUCCUUGCUGCAAGAUGUUAAGCUAGAUGAGCAAGAGAAUACAACACACUGUAAGAUGCACGAUCUUGUGCAUGAUUUGGCUAGAGAUAUCUUAAAAUCUAAACUAUCUGAUCCAAAGAGCGUUGGACGAGAAAAUUUUUCUCAAGUUCGAUACUUUGGAUGGGACUCACCAAAGGAUCAAAUAGAUAGGAUAAAUGAGCCAGAACGUUUGUGCAGACUAUUCUGGAGAAGCAAUUAUGUGUCUGAAGAUAUACUAUUGAACUUUAAGUUCUUGAGAGUUUUAAAUUUGUCCAGUUCAGGAAUCAAGGUGUUGUCAGCCAAAAUUGGCAAGCUAAUAUACUUGAGAUAUCUUGAUCUCUCCGACACCAAGAUCAAAGUCUUGCCCAAACCCAUUUGCAAGCUCUACAAUUUGCAAACAUUUAGAAUUAAUAGUUGUUUUUCACUCAAGAAGCUUCUAGAAGAAAUGACAAAUAUGAUAAGUUUGCGACAUAUACAUUUCAACUAUCAUUACCAAUCAAAUCUUUAUUUUGCGGUUUGGGGAUCAAGGUUUAUUGAUCAGUUUCAGAUGCCACUUAAUAUGGGGCAAUUGACAAGUCUUCAGACGCUACCGUUUUUCUACCUAGGUUUAGAGAAAGGUCGUCAAAUAGAAGAAUUAGGUCGUUUGAAAAACCUUAGAGGUGAAUUGACCAUCAAACCUCUCCAGUUAGUCGUAAAGAAAGAAGAGGCUCGAACAACAUAUUUGCAGGAGAAAUCAAAUAUCUACAAGUUGGCAUAUUUAUGGUCCCAUGAUGAAUCAGAAGACUGUGAGAUCAAUGAUGAGCAUGUGUUAGAUGGUCUUCAACCACAUCCAAACUUGAAAACCUUAACAAUAGUGGACUAUUUAGGAACUAAAUUUCCUUCAUGGUUCAGUGAAGGAUUGCUACCAAAUUUGGUAGUGUUGAAAUUAAGUGGUUGCAAGAGGUGCAAGGAUAUUCCAUCGCUUGGCCAACUGAAGUUCCUUCGGCAUCUUCAGUUGAUAGGAUUCCUUGAAUUGGAAUCCAUCGGACCAACAUUUUAUGGUGUUGAUGUUAAUGAUAGUGGAUCAAGCAGCAAUAAUCUCAAUAUCCAAAUGUUUCCAUCAUUGAAAGAACUAGUGUUGAAGAAUAUGCGUAAUCUUAUUGAGUGGAAGGGAGAUGAACUUGGAGUAAGAAUGUUUUCUGGGCUUGAGAAGUUGAAGUUUACAAAGUGUCCACUGUUAAAAAUUACUCCAAGUCAAUUUGAAAUCCUCUGUGAACUAAGCAUUGAAGGAGUUAACAGUGAAAUGCCAUUGUUGAACUUGUUUAACAACUUGACAUCUCUCGUAAAGCUAAUUGUGGAUGAUGUGAAAGAGCUCACAUGUCUUUCUGAUGAGAUGCUACACAAUAACGUUUCUCUUCAACACCUGUUGGUCUCACUCUGUAGAAAGUUUCAUGAAUUGCCCCAAAACUUGUACAAUCUCCAUUCUCUUAAGAGCUUACGAAUAUCCUUCUGCCCCUAUUUCAGUUCUUUUCCUGUUCCCACUAGAGAUAAUUAUUUGACUUCCCUCCAAAGUCUUGAGUUAUGUCAUUGUGAUAGAUUGACCAGUUUACCAAAUAGAAUGUUAAAUCAUUGUCUGUCUUUGGUAUCCUUGAAUGUCAUCAAUUGUAACAAUUUGGUUCCCUUCUUUUUACCCGCACGAGGCCUUCAUCGCCUGGGGAUAUUGCAAAUUGAUCCUUUCUCAGAGAUGGUGGAUUUUGAGGCAUUCCAAUUGAUUUUUAAUGGCAUUCAACAACUGUUAUCCCUUCGUACAUUGGAGGUGCGGGGACACUUGCACUGGGAUUCUCUUCCCUAUCAGCUUAUGCAACUUUCUGACCUAACAGCGAUCCAAAUACAUGGAUUCGGAAUUGAGGCUCUUCCUCAUAGACUUCACAACCUUACUUCUCUUGAAAGAUUAACACUAGAGAGGUGCAAACGGCCACAACAUCUGGACUUCUCAGAUACCAGGCCCAAAUUACGGUAUGUGGUGAUCCGUAAUUGUCCAUUGUUAGAAGCUGUCUCAGAUGGGCUUGGCAAUCUUGUUUCUUUGCAAGAGUUAAGUUUUUAG